AGCAGUUUUGCUCACGGGUGGAAUCGGCACAGUGCGACAACGCUUGUCAGAGAUGUUGCCCAGAGUUUUGCAAGCCUGCCGGAACUUGGCGCCCAAGACAGCAGGCUUGAGACAACAGGCUCUACGACCUCUUCUCUGUCCAGUUCAGCAGAGGUGUUUCUCAUUGACUUCCGCAGCCAAAGUGGCCAAAGAUCUAGCCGCAGAGAUUAGCCACGAGAAGGAGCAGUACCAGCAAGCCAAGGCUUAACCAGAUUGCAUGCUUCAAAGCAUAGACACAGAAGACCUCGAAGACUCGGCCGAGGAAAUCAAGAAAUUCAUUGAUUCGACAGACUUCAAAUUGGUGGAGGCUGAGGGAGAUGUGAACAUGCACUUAGAACGCGAGAUUGAUGGCAAGUUGGUCAAAGUCGAAUGGCAACUUACGAGCCCUUUCGACCCAACAGCUGACGUGGAGGGUGAAGAGGGCGGCCAAGAAUAUGAAGCCACAGACUUCUGCAUCACCUUGGAGAACAAGAGUGGUGCUGGCGUGUCCUUCUACUGCAGCACACAGACCGGUGAGGACCACCGCUACGUCAUUGGCAAUGUGAAAUCCUUUGCCAGCAAGGAGGAGAAAGACAGUGUGAGCUCUUACAACGGCCCAGAAUUUGAGGAUGUUGAUGAAAAGUUGCAGGAGAGCUUUGACGAGCUAUUGGCGGAGGCCGGCGUCAACGCGGAGCUCUGCGAUUUCAUCGACGCCAUGGCGUUGGACAAGGAGCAGCGCGAGUACCUCCGUUGGCUGGAGAAUGUGAAGGACUUCAUGGAGAAGUGAAGGGUUUCUGACAAGCUGACUUGCUCCAAAAACCCUGCAAAGAGCUGC